AUGCACUCACACACAUACAUACACACACGCACUCACACUGACACGCAUUCACACUCACAUGCACUCACACACAUACACACAACAUGCACUCACACACACAUACAUACGUGCACGCACACAUGCACACACACAUGCAUGCACUCACACUUGCAUAUACACAUACGCACAUGCACCCAUACAUAUGCACACAUGAACUCACACACACAUACACACGUGCACUCACACAUGCCCCAGGAGUAA